UGACAUUUUUAUUAUAUAAGAAAAUAUAAAAGCAGUAAGACAUUGGCUUGUGAUAAGUUCAGUUAGAAGAAUAUUAUUAACAAAAUAAAACAUGUUAAAAUUAUUAUUUCUAUUUUUUGUUUUUGGUUUUGUCACUCAUGGAGUUGAAAGUCUCUUUAUUUCGAAUUGGUUAUUUCCAAAGUUGGUAAAUCGGACAAACAUGUUUCAAUGGGCAUCUAUUAGAAAGCCUGAUAAUUAUCAAGGAUUGAAUAUAACAAAAAUAGACAACGGAUUCGAAUUUUUAUGGUUAGAGGAAUUCGAUGGCAGUAAGACAACCCUCACAGCUAAUUUUAAUUAUAUUUUCGAGAAUACUGGAAGUCGAGAAAUAAUAAUUGUUAAAGAUUUAUGCGCGAAUUAUAAAGUUGGAAGCUUAGAACAUGAUGUUCAAAUGUUCAUUUUGAGUAAAUUUAUGAAUACAACAAAAUGUCCAAUUAAAAAGGGUAUGAAAGCUACUUACGAAUUGCCUAAUCCUUACACAUAUCCAACGACAAAUCGAGAAUGUGGUUUGGUUGACGGAACAUUAAAUUUAUUUAAAAUAAGUUCAAAACAUCGACGUUUAACACCAUUAGUAAUGCGAAUGAACUUUAUUGGAAACGUGACUGGACCCAACUGUUCGAAUUAAUAAUUUUUCAAACCUAUUUUUAAAUUUCUAAUGCAUCAUGUAAGACAAUAUUUAAUGAAAAUAUUGUUACUGUAACUUGUUCAAAAUUAUUUUCACCAUUUCAA